GCGUGAGAAAGGGAGGCGGAAUGCCUUGGGAGGGGCCUGCCCCGCCGCGGUAUAAAACCCUCGCCAGGCCCAGGUCUGGUAUCACUUCACUCGCAAGUAAUCAGCACUCAGCAACCAUGUACAAGCUCUUUGUUCUCGCCGCCGUCCUGGCCGUCGCCGCCGCCGGAAACAUCCUCCCCUACCCCUACGCUGGCGCCUACGCCGGCUACGCCGCUCACCCUCUGGCCUACUCCGCCAACCUCGCCGCCCCCUACGCCUACUCUGCUCCCAUCGCCGCCCCCGUCGCCUACUCUGCUGCCGCCCCCCUGGCCUACUCUGCCGCCGCCAUCCCCGCCCCCGUGGCCUACACCAGCGGAUACAAGGUCUCUUACGCCACCGAGCCCGUCGAGCAGCACGGCUACAAGAUCGCCUACUAAUUUCACUUCCAUCCAAACAUUUUCCGCUCAAAUGCCACCUAGAGCGAUGCAGACUGUUUAAUUUAAUAAAUUUAUUUGUGACUCUCAUCUGAAA